AUGCCACAUCGACAGGAGUCACCAGCUUCGCCGAUGCAAUCGCCUUUACCAAUUCAGUUUCGAACGCCCGACGCAAGGCAGCGCAAGCUCUCGAUACGGAAGUUCGAUGGGACCGAAGUGUACGUCGGACUCGGGUCCGGCUUCUUUGACUGGGGCAAGACUUUCUGGAGGCAAGUAGACAUAGCUCAGGAGUCUUGCGGAUUCCUGUGGACCGAGAACGUCAAGACUGAUGUUCUUGGCCAGUACCUGACUGGCACAGCAGAGCGCUACUUCAGCAAGCAGGUCGACACGUGGUGGGCCGUGUUACCGACUCUCCAGUACGUGAUGCAGCGCAUGCUUGAUACAUUCAAGACGACAAUCACCGCAGCCCAAGCAAUGAAGCUGUUCACAACAAGGAAGGAAGGCAAGCGCUCGUGGCCGGAGCACUACCUGUACCUAGUCGCAGUCAGCGAUGCGGCUGGUGGCGCUGAGCAGCAGGUACUUGAUAAUAUCGUGCGGUAUGCAUCGCCCGAGCUGUCGACGAUUCUGAUGGCCAAGUACGAGACGCAUCGUGUCGACUACCUAGUGCACGCCGAAGAGCUCGCACAUUUCGCGCAGGCAAUCGAGAUGGAAGGUCGACCGGGACGCUUCUUUGGAAAGGAGGUUGUCGCCCACGUGGAUGAGCCCACACCGCGAAAGGAAAAGCGUGCCUGCUAUGGAUGUGGCAAGAUGGAACAUGUUAAAGCCGACUGUCGUAGCAGGAGGACUAGCGACAAGAACAGCAGCCGUCGCGGUAAGAGCGGUGGCAACAUCGUACUUGCGAUUGGCGAAGGCAUCAGCAAGAAGGGAAAGCGUCAUGCCAAGUGUAAUUUGAAACUGGCAAUUAGCAAUGACAGUGACGAAGAAAGCGACGACUGGAUUCUGGACAGUGGAUCCAGUCGCCACAUCGUCAACAACGCGUCUCUACUACAAGGUGUGCGAGACUGCGAGCACGAGUGCCACCUAGCCGACGACGAGGUUAUCAAGCUGUCGCGCGUCGGUAGCGUUGUACUAACUGUGAAAGCAGAAGGACAUGAGCGAGAUGUGACUCUGACGGAGGUCUACCUCGCACCGGAUCUAUCGAGAAAUAUCAUGUCGUACGGCAAGCUUGAGCGCAAGGGUUUUGGACUUGUCUACGACGGUACGAAGCGCGCACUUGCAAGACGCAGCAAUGGAGAAGUCGUGUUCGACAUAAAAAUGGAAAACAACGUACUAUACGUUAAGACAGUGGCACCGACCCGCGCAGGGACACCACACGAUGUGCUGAUGGCGAUCCUAAAUCAAGAUUCGACGGAUGUAUCAGCCAUGGAUGUCCAGAUUGGCUCGCUCAACCAUUUUCACCAGCGUCUGGGUCACUUGGCGUACGACACAGUCGAGCGCAUGGCAAGCGAUCCAGAGUCCGGCAUAACACUCACAGAUCGUGCGAGUCCGACGUGCAUUUCGUGCGCCCAAGGCAAGCAGACGAAGAACGCACAGUCGCAUAAGGACACGGGUGCUAACUCACCUAUUGACCGCAUUGGUGCGUCCCCAUUUGUUCCGAUCUCAAGGGUCCGAUGA